AUGGCGGACAUCAAGACAGCGCGAACGGUCGAAGCACUCCGCAGCCUCUUCGCACGUUUCGGAGUUCCGGAGGUUGUUGUCACUGAUAAUGGACCGACGUUCACGUCGUCGGAGUUCAGCGACUUCCUGAAAAGGAAUGGAGUGAAGCACAAGAGGACGCCGCCAUAUCACAGCGCGUCGAAUGGUCAGGUGGAGCGUUGCGUCCGUACGCUGAAGGAAAACCUGCUGAAAAACGAAGUGUCGGGGGAGAAGAGAACGCUUCGACACCAAGUGGACAGUUUCCUGUUCGCGUACCGAAACACGCCACACACAGUCACUGGAAAAACGCCGGCGGAACUGUUUCUUCGCCGAGCGCCGAGGACGCGUCUGUCCCUACUCAAGCCCAAUUUGAAGGCUCAAGUGGAGAAGAUGCAGGAGCAACAGAAAGCAAGUCAUGAUGGAAAGGACAUGAAGCUGCGCGAAUUCACAGCGCGGCAGCCUGUGUUCGUGCGGAAUUGUCGCAGCGACCAGCGUGUGACGUGGGUACCGGGCAUCGUCCUGUGCCGUAAGGGACCGCAUACGUACCUGUGCAGGGUUCACGGUCGAGUCCGGUUCGUCCACGUCAACCACCUUCGGCACGAUCCUUCUCGCCGGGAGGAGGCUCACGAGGAGACAGUGGGCCGACCGUCUCCGCCUCCAGUACUGGAACGCAGGGAGUCUGCGGCUGAACCGGACCGGUCGGUGACGACACGGGACCCAGGCCGGGUCUAUCCUGAUGAGUCAGCUACGCUGGAUGAAGGACGGACGACUAACGACAACGAGGCAGAGAGUAGCAGUCGGGUGGAGCCUGCGCGGCCAUCUUCGUUGUCACUGUCGCCUACACCGGCGCUGCGCAGGUCAAGUAGACCUAAGCGUGCGCCUCAGCGCCUGAUUGAAAUCAGCGCGCUGGCCUUUGGCUAA